CUCACUCCCAUCACACUAUUGUUUGUUUGUUAGUUUCCACACAACACACACACACACACACAUAACUCAUUCCGUUAGCCGCACAUCAUACAAACCCUUUUCCGUUUCACCACCAUGCCUCCGUCCACCACUUUCCACCACCCCUCCUCCGCCUCCGUCGUCUACUCCUAGACCAUCGCCGCCGUUCUACAGGUUGAACAAGGUUGGACAAUUUUUGUUUUAGUUGAUUUUGUGUCCUAAAAAUGAAACCACAAAGCAAUGGGUCUUCUAGGGUUCAUAAGUCGAAUAAACAUAGUCGAGAGGAAGGACCUACCUGGCUUAUAAUUGCUGCUGGUGCUGUUUUGAGUACAUUGUCUAUUCGCCUCGGUUACAAGUUGAAGCAGGCAAUUGACUCUAGGCCGCCGCCCAAGCAGAAUGCAGCAACUAACAUUCUCAAAGGAAAUGGAAAAUCGGCCAACGUAAGGAAACCUCCGGAUUGCUUUAUGCAGCCUAAUGGAUAUUCCCAAAUGCAAGAUAAUCAUGGCUGCUUUACUUGCAAUCCAGGAACUGGAGGUUCUGUGGAACUAAAAUGCCCACAAAAUGAACAGAUGUUGAGUGAAUUCAAUGGGGCACUCCCGUUGGUGACUGUUCCUCCUGCUGAGUUUAGCAAAGAAAAUGGUGUUGUCUGGGCUUGCUCCCCUGAUCGUCUUGAAUUGCCUUCAAAGCCAUUCCAUCUUUCAAACUGCUCAGAUUCACCAUGUGUAUCAGAAUCUGGUUCUGAUAUUUUCAGUAAGCGGGAAGUCAUUCAGAAACUGCGGCAACAAUUGAAGAGAAGAGAUGACAUGAUACUAGAGAUGCAAGAUCAAAUGGCCGAAUUGCAAAAUUCAUUCAAUGCUCAGGUGGGACUUUCUUCUCAUUUGCAAUUGCAGCUUGAAGCUGCAAACAGAGACUUAUUUGACUCUGAGAGAGAGAUCCAACGGCUAAGGAAAGCAAUUGCAGAUCACUGUGUUGGAUAUGUUCCGCACGACAAAUCAUCUACAGUCACAGCUUGGUCUACUGAGACUAGAAAUGGCUAUCCAAAUGGACAUCUUGACGGGGAUAUCAAUUUGGACGUCCCGGAAAAAACAAAGGAUGAGGAGGAGCGAAUUGAGAUGCUGAAAAGGCAAGUGGGAGAAUUGAAAGAGGCGAUAGAAGGAAAGGAAUACUUGCUCCAGAGUUACAAGGAGCAAAAAUCUGAACUUUCUCUGAAGGUCAAAGAAUUGCAGCAGAGAUUAGAUUCUCAGCUGCCUAAUAUUUUGUAGAGUUUGUGAAUACUUUUAAUUUUCAGUGUCUUCUCUCAUUCUUUAUUUUGUCACUGUAAUUAGCUCAACUUUGAUCGUUUGAUAUAAUUUCAAAGUUUGUGCGGCGUGGCAUGGUGAACCUGAGAGGGCUGGGUUUUUGAAUGGCAAGAUGAAUGCAUAUUGCUCCAUGAAAUAGAAAA